GCUAUGUCGCAUGAUAGUGUAUCUACCAAGAGGAAAUUUCGCGCUGCAUCCCUUGAAACAUUUGACGUGGUCCCGGAGCAGAGAGCAAAGCGCAAACGCCAAUCCUCUCAAGAGCACCAACCCAGCGCCUCGACCAUACUAUGGUCAACUGGAAUUAUAAUGCGCAAGACCCCGCAUUUAUACCGUAUGCCCAGGCAUGAAUUGUUUUGGCUAGAGGAUGGGAAUAUCACUCUUGAAGCCUCCGGAAUACUCUUCCGGGUGCAUCGAUCAUGGCUCGUGCGACACUCAGAGCUCUUUGCGACUAUCUUCAAGGACAUUGGGUAUGAUACCGUCACUGGGAUAGACGCAGACGAGCAACUUUACCAGCUGACCAAGCUUGAGGAAAAAGAUCUAGAGGCACUGCUUCUAUUCUAUGAUAACCCUGUGGCGUAUCGCGGUGACAUCCGAUUUUCCACCCUUGUGUCCCUCAUCCGUGCGACCACAAUUCUGGGGUUCGAAACAGAUCGGGUUUGGGCCGUAGAAUUGCUCACAGAUGACUGGCCAUCUGAUCUCGAAAGCCUCCAUGCCGGCUCAGAACUGCGCUCCAAUGCUGCUCAGGUUGCCGCCCUUUCGCGGGCGUGUGGGAUUAAUGGUAUUUUGAAACCUGCAUUCUAUGAAAUGGCACGAACAUCUGGGUUUGGCCUGGAUGAUGUGGACGAAUUCAGUAACUCUGAGCAAAUAAGUCGCGCGGACGAGCGGCGCCUUAUGCGGAUGCGAGAACAGCUCAGUGGUAUAUGGAUGCAAGCAGCAGCCCGAGAGGAUCCAUCCUUGGCCUGUUCAAACCGUGUCAACGACCAUUCCAGUGAUAUCCUUGACAAGAAGCCAGAGCUUUCUUCCCCCGCCUUGGGGCCAAAACGCUGUCUCUCGAUGGCGGCGAGGUGCGAAGCAUGGGUUCGGCUCGUGCAUGACUCAGGGAUUUACGACCGAUAUCGGCAUGACCCGCUUUGCGGGUUGUCUGCGUUGAUGCUCAUUUCGUGGAAAGACGAGGGGUGGUGCAAGGGUUGCCACCAUAAAAGGCGGCGUAUGUGGUCCACUAUGCGGGAGAAGACUUGGGAACAGAUUGAUGGGUGGAUGGGCAUUGGACAGUGAAUUCAUUCCACAGGUGUGGGAUGUAAGCUGGAGGCAAACAGGCAUUGGAUUGGACUACUUAUCUCAACAGCGGCUGGAGUAUCUGAUUGUCCCCAACGAUUGCAAGUACGGUAGGGUUGUUAGAAUGCAUGAGAUCGAGCUAUAUACUCAGGGGUUUGCCUAAAAGGGAUUUAGACGAAGGAAAGCCAAACAAAGAGCACGCGUCCAGUGAAAGAUC